AUAAGAUUUUGUUUCUCCUCCUAUCCGUUCCCUUCCCUCCGCCUAGUUUCAGUUUUAACGCUCCAAACCCUCCUCCUCCUUCCCUACUGCCUUCCUGUCUCGCGAGGCUGUCAUAUAGGUGAUGGUGAGAUGUAUGGUCGAAGCGCUGAGCUCUGCAUUCGCCUCACCACGAGAUAUGAUCGUCCCGGCGGCUUCCCUCGGAGAUCUCUCCUCCCCUGUAAUCGCGCAAUGCCUUCACUAUUGUCACAGACCCCGUCCCAGCCCUCACCUCACCACCGCCACCACCUCUUCUUUUGCUUCUGCUUCGAGAAGUAGCCGUAGACGCUUUUGGAAGACCUUCCCCUGCUUGCAAAUUUAUAGCUUCAGGUCAAGCAGGCGAGGGAUUCGAAUUCGCUGCCAAGCGAUGACGGAAACAGAACCGGAGGGUAAUGACGAAACGGAAAAUGAUGCGUCUGGAGAUGAAACACCCCCUCCUUCAGGUGAUGACCUAGUGCAAAAUAAUAGACAUCUCAAAGCUGAAUUCAAUAUUGAUCAGAACAAGGAUGAAGGUGGUAGCAAAGGAUUGCUGGAUCUUGGCAACACACUGGAGAAAAGCGAGGUGGAUCUUGUAACUCAAAAUGACAAGCAGGAGAAGAAUGAUGACUUAGAGGUUGCAAGUGGAUCACCUUUGCCAGGAAUGAAGCAACAACUUGGUGAACCUAUCAGGAUUCCAAAGGCCACAAUAGACAUUCUAAAGGACCAAGUUUUUGGUUUUGACACAUUCUUCGUGACCAGCCAGGAGCCUUAUGAGGGUGGAGUAUUAUUCAAGGGAAAUCUUCGAGGGAAGGCAGCUAAAAGUUAUGAAAUAACAAAGAGGAUGCAGGAUACAUUUGGGGACAAAUAUAAGCUUUUUCUUCUCAUCAAUCCAGAGGAUGAUAAGCCGGUGGCAGUAGUGGUGCCUAGGCAGACAUUACAGCCAGAAUCUACUGCAAUCCCAGAAUGGUUCGCCGCUGGAGCAUUUGGAUUGGUUACAAUUUUCACUUUACUUCUCCGGAAUGUACCAGCUCUGCAAACCAACUUGCUGUAUGAGGUUUCUCUCAUAUCGACAUUUGACAAUCUUGGAUUAUUGAGAAAUGGCCUUCCUGGAGCCCUUGUAACUGCACUAGUUCUAGGGUUCCAUGAAAUUGGUCAUAUUUUGAUUGCUAGAGAUACUGGGAUCAAGCUUGGAGUACCAUAUUUUGUUCCUAGUUGGCAGACAGGAUCUUUUGGUGCGAUCACAAGGAUUCUCAGUAUCGUAGCCAACCGUGAGGACCUUAUCAAGCUGGCAGCUGCUGGACCUUUGGCUGGGUUCUCUGUGGGAUUUGUUCUUCUGCUACUGGGGUUCAUCUUACCUCCUGCUGAUGGCAUUGGUAUUGUGGUUGACCCAGCUGUCUUUCAUGAAUCAUUCCUUGCUGGAGGUAUUGCUAAGCUUCUUCUUGGAGAGGUUCUGAAAGAAGGAUCUCCAUUAUCUAUCAACCCACUUGUUCUUUGGGCUUGGGCUGGGCUUCUUAUCAAUGCUAUCAACAGCAUUCCUGCAGGAGAGCUUGAUGGUGGCCGGAUUUCAUUUGCAAUAUGGGGAAGAAAGGCAUCUGCUCGCUGGACUAGCGUCACCCUUGCCUUAUUGGGGAUAUCAUCACUUUUCAAUGAUGUAGCAUUCUAUUGGGUGGUUUUAAUAUUUUUCUUGCAGAGGGGGCCUAUUGCUCCUCUCUCCGAAGAGAUCACCGAACCUGAAAAUAGAUACGCUAUCCUUGGUGUUGCAGUUCUGUUGUUUGGACUGCUUGUGUGUCUACCUUACCCCUUUCCUUUCACCAAUGAAGGAAUGAAUUUUGAUUUUUGAGUGCCAUUUAUCAUCUGGGCCUCUUCCAUUUAAACAAUUUUACAGUUUUUUUUUUUUUGUUAAGGUGUUGUAAGGGUUGAUACGUACUUUAAAAAAAGUUUCAUGUGGCUAGGACUCUCUUUCAUCAUUGAUGAAUGUUUAUCUGUAGUAAAAUUUGCAGAACCAUACCAUACUAUUAAUUAAUUGUACUUUCUGGUAA